AAGACGCUAUGGUUUUGCUUAUUUUCAUAACGAUGGAUGUACAUAACCACACAACAUCAUCUGAUAGUAGGAGAUUCACAACACCCUACGUCUGUUGUCUGUCGAACCAUCUGCCCACAAACAAAUAAAUGAAGAGCAGAUAUAUGCCAUGCUCUUCCAGUUGAUGCUGAAGAAAUAUAUGAAAUGUUUUUGACCAAGUAAUAGAAACAGAUGACUAGGUCGAGAUGGAGGAAGCUAUGAUUGUCUCAGACAGCAACACCACCAUGGAGUCAGAUAUGAAAGGAGAGUAUUCUUCCGAUACCAACAAUGAAAGUGAAGUUGAAAAUGAUGAUAUAGAAAUCACUUUUGGACCAUGGCCACCCUUUCCAUCUAAACAGGACACAGAAGUUUCCGAAGACCAGAUUCAAAUGACAAUUAACUCUGAGGACUCUAGUCAGCCUUUUAUGCUUUAUGAGCAAGAGUCUGUCGGUAGUGAGAUUUCACUAGAUGAACAUAUAGACCUAGAAUCAGUAGAAGACUUCAUAAAAACUGAUGGCAUCAUCAGUCAGUGUGUACAGACUGAUGAAACAGAAACGGCGGAUGUCAGUGGUCAACAUGAGGUACUCACAAGUAAUAAAGCCUAUACUAUGAAGGACAGACUGAAUGACCCAGAAUUCACUACAGAUGAUGAAGGUAAAAUUCCAACAGAUGACAGUGCUGUAACAGAUAGUUCUGUACACUCUGGUAGUGACAUUAUAGCAGAUAUUGGUGAACAGACUGCAAACUUGGCGAGUCUCCACACAGAAUAUGAUGAUGUCACCAGUAAAUGUGUUCCUUCUGACAGUGAUUCUAGAUCUGCUAAUUCUGAUUGUGAUGUUGACAGUUCUAGCAGCAUACACAUCAAUGAGCACACUAAAAAGAUGAUCAUCCCACCAACAGAAUGUGGUGAUGUCAUUAAAAAGUAUGUUCCUUCUGAAAGUGGGAUGAGUCUGAAUGUAAAUGAAUCUGUAAUCUCAGAUGUCAUCAACGAACAAUCUCAAAUAACACCAGAUAUUGUGGUGAAAGACGAACCAGUGACUGAUGGUUACCCUGACUCGACCCAAAUGGUGAUUGCGCAAGAUGACAAUCUCUUUGUCUCCACAGAACAUGGAAAAAUGUUCAUGCGAUCUGUGGCAGCAGAACCUUUGGAGAAUGAAGGGAAUGAGUUUGAGGAGAGUAAAAUGGAUAACUUAACAGAUAAAGUACAGACAGAUAGGAAUGAAGUGUACAGACUUGAACCAGGAAAAGAACUGCUGAAUAAAAAUUUAAGGAGAGGUUGUCGAGAGAAAGCCAGAGUCCCUGGAGGGGAAGCUGAUAUUAGAAAAGGCCAUGAGCAUAUACACGGAAGAAUUAUUAACCAAGAUUCUGUUCUGGGAAGGAAAACAAGAGUAUUGACAGAACCAAGGGAUCACGAGGACACUAACUUAGAUAAACAAGUACUAGUUCCAGGGACUAAAAGAGGAAAAUUCAAGAAAAGAUCUAGGAAAUUUGCUCUUAGUUCUCCAAAGAAAAGAAAAAAAUUAGAGGAGGGAUCUGAAAAAUUGAUCAGCAAAUGUAGAGUAGUCUCCCAUUCUCAGUGCUUUUCUCCAGUAUAUAGUGAGGUUGACAACGACAUGAGACCAGAAGACCAGGUGUCCUACAAUUUAAGUUCUAGUUCAGCUGUCAAUGCAGUGGGGAGCCUUACGAGCCAUGAACAAGUUGACUUAUCCCUGGUGAAGACUGAACCAAUAGAAUCCACUGACCAGGAUCAAGGGAAUGCUGGUAUUAAAUUAAUGGAGACAGAAGCUACAUCAUGGAUGAAAAAGGAACCAGAUGAAAAUAAUCUUAUGGAAAGUUCAAUUGAAACCACUAUUCCAGUUCCAGUGAAACUAAUCCGAAAUGAGGUUAUCAAUUCUGGGACACCAAGACCAGGAAUGGGGACCGUAAUUUUGACCAAUUCGCAUCAACAGGUAGGUAGUACAACCAAGAUUUUGAAGAGUGUGACUACUGACAUGUUAGAAGGACCGUCCAUUAAUCUAGAGAGAGGUCAGAAAAUAUGGUAUGCUGUACCAAAGGGAGACCACUCUACUAUUCCGAUUAGUGGUACUGGUAGCAGUGAUCAAAGGAUUGUUAAAGUAAUAAAACUGGACAGUGUAAAAAAUGCCCCCCAAACUCUAUUGCUACCCGGUAAUCUAAAGCUGUGUAAACUUCAGAAAACACCAAAUAUGGCACUCUGUGAAGGCAAAGAAAUUCCAUUGUCAUCUGUUCCAAGUCAUAGACACGCUGUUGCUGACGAUACAUAUACUUCUGAUAAUGAGGAGGAUCAUGAACAGAAAAAUCUGUCAUCUAUUCUAAAUCAUAAAAAUGAGAUGCUUGCUGACAAUACAUGUACUUUCAAUCAAGAGGAGGAUCAGGAUGAGAAAAACCUCAUGCUAAAGAAAAUUGAUAGUAUCAUCGAAAAAAAUCUUGAACUGAUGAAGAAAAAUCAACUUCCUACUAUGAGAAAAAGAGGGUCUAACUUAACACAGAAACUGUUUCCCUCCCAGAAUCAAGUGAUGGGACCUCAUUGGUGUGAAAAAAUUGAUGAAGAAACUGGAAAAACCACUAUGGUUCUAAUGCCAACUACAGGUGAAGAAAUGACGACAAAAAAAACACUCCCUAGGAUUAUCUACAGAUCAAAAAAUUCAGGUUCUAAGAAAAAACAAAAGACAGAUAAAUGGAAAAAAAAAAUUCCUGUGGAUGAACAAAUUGAUGGUAUAAUUAGAAAGAAUCUUGAGAUGCUGAAGAAAAUUCAGCUUCCAGAGAAAAUUCAGUCGCAACCGCCACAAAUAGAAGAAAAAAAUGAAAAUACAGAUAUGGUUGUGGUGAAAAACAUAGUCGGAGAGGAAAAAGAUGGGAAACCACUCAACACAGUUAUCUACAGAUUUAUCUCAUCUAGACGUCAGAGUAAGCAAAAUAUUACAGACACUUCCUGUUCCAAGACACCUACUCCAGCAUCCCCUUCUUUACAGCUACCUGAUGUAGCACUUCAAGCCAAGGAGACUCCAGUCCACAACAAACCACUCAUGUGUAACAGUUUCACGCAAACAAAGGGAGAUAGAUCAAAUGUUAAGAAACAUGAGACUGGAAUAGCUGUGAUGGUGAGGGAUGCUUCUACACAAAGUAACACUAAUCUAGAGAAACCUUCAUCAUUCAUUGAGGAUGGUUCUGUGGACAUUCUUGAAAACAGUGUAGGUCUUACAAGUCCAGAUGUGAAAAUAUCAAGUCAUACAGGAGAUACAGACCUGUUAAUGGAUGUAGAAGAGGUUGACUUGAGCAAUUUGGAGAAUAAAGCACCCAAAGAUCCACUCACUACACUCCGACCAAUGUGGAGGUGGGCUGGUCGACAGACAGUGUCUGUUGGCGUAAACACAGGCGAAGCAUGCAAGGAUGUCUGGGAAUCUGUGAACCCUGUUGAUAACCAGUAUACAUUUGGGCCCAUCAAAGAGAAAGAAAGGCGUAAAGCUGUUUACAAGACUGAAAGAGUGAAACAGCAUAGUAAUCUGUCAACAAAGGGCCAAAAAAUGCAGAAACUGAUUAAACGCAGGAAGUUUCUUAAAAAUAAACAGUGGGAAUAUAACCGUAAGGUUGCUAAACUAAGACUGAAAUUUGAACAAAAGAAGGCGACCAGUUCUGAGGUUGUGAAUAAAGACUUGUCUAUAGAAAACACUGUUGUGUCUGCUGAUAUGGCUACUAAGCAAACCCAACAGUUUGGGAUGAAAGAUUCAACUAAUGACAAUUCAGUGGGUAAAGUGGAAGAUACAAAUUUAGACAGCAAUGAGACUAAAACUGAUUCUUCAGAAAAUGAUAAGCAUGCUGCUGUAGAACUUGGAACUCGUACUAGUUCUCGCAUCAAGGCCUGUCAAGUUAAAGCACUUGACAAUGCAGACUUGUCAGGUUUCUUUGAACAUGUCCAGAAAAAGCUUAAGGAUGUGGAGGAGGUAGAGGAUGUGAAGAGCACCACCUAUAUUACAGAUUCCAGUGAUGAGGAGUGGCAACAGAUGGUGGAGGAGCAGGUCACCAGAAAGUUAAAGCAGCUUCAUAAGGAGAUGAGAAACUUCGACCAAUCCUUCUCAGAUUCUGAUUCGAACACAUCUGAACCAGCUAUUGAGGAUGAUGACACUUAUUCACCAGAUGAGAAUGAGAGCAGCUUCUCACACGAUGAGAAUGAUAGCAGCUUCUCACCAGAAGAAACAUCUCAAUCACCAAAACCUAAUAAGUUUAUCAAGGUUGUAGUGAACCCCAAGCUGUUGAAGAAGGCCUCCAAAAUAAAGCCAAAUCUCUAUCUGGAUAUAAAACUAGAGGAUUUUCCAGAAAUGUGGGAAAGAAAACUCUUUACUUCAAAUUUACGUCAGGAACGUAACGUAGCAGUAGAAUCCAAGUCGUAUGAGGAAUACAGGUGUUUACUCUGUACUGGACACCAUGCAUUCCACACAAGUGCCGCUGACCUCAUGGAAAGCCACAUUGAGGAACAUCUCAACUACAGCUUCCCGUGUAAGGAGUGUGCUGCAAACUUUGAUCAACAGAGUUUGCUGACAGAACACUGCCAGAAAGAACAUAGUGUCACGUGUGAGAUCUGUAAUCAAGAAUUUUCCUCAAAAGGAUUAUACAAACGUCAUAUUGGACGCAUGCACGGGCAGAGGAAUAUUCCCUGCUUCAAAUGUGAUGAAAAGUUUAAAAGCAAGUCACUGUUUAAACAACAUCUUUUAGAAGCACAUCCUGGCUCAGCACAAAAGUGUGAAAAGUGUGGCGUUAUACUAAGGAGCCAUCUCAAUGCGAUGCAAGGACACCUUAACUCUAAGAACUGCCUUCGACGGCAGCAGGGUAAUCUAAAGACACAAUGUGAGAUAUGUGGUAAAUUAUUUUCGGAGAAUGGGAUACGGAAACACAAGCUGCGAGUGCACCAAAAACUACGUACAUUUAAAUGUGAUGUCUGUUCCUAUGCUGGUAUAACACUACAGUCCCUAAAGGAUCACAAAAAAACUCAUACAGGUGAGCAUCCUGUAAAGUGUACACUGUGUGAAUUUUCCUGUAUCAAGCCAUAUCAACUGAAAUGUCACAUGCGGACACACCUGAAAUUAAAACCCUACAAGUGUGACAAGUGUAACUACGCUGCCUCCUGGAAUGUUCAGGUGAAGGACCACAUGCGGGCCCACUUUAGUCCAACACGAGUGGACUGUAUAGAGUGUAAUAUUUCUUACAAAGACCAGCGAGGGCUGAACCUCCAUCGCCUCAAAGAGCAUGGGGAGGGACAGGCAGCCAAGAGGGAUAAAGUGAAGAACAUCACUUCAAAGAAACGUGGAAGACCGAUUCGUCUAAUGGAAGGUGAUGAGAAACCCAAAAGUAAGCGGAGAGCAAGCAAGAAGAAAUUAAAAGAGCUAUCAUCUGAGGAGGAAUAUAUGGACACAGAUGCAGAACCAGAAAAUGAAAUGUCAGAAGAGGAAGAAAAAUAUGUUCCUCGCAAAUCCACCCGCAGAAGAGCCGCCAAAAAACCAAACCCACAGUAUGCACUUAUUUCAGGGGAGGAGGAGUAUGAUAAGGAAGAGCAGGAACAGGCAGAUUCUUAUGUACCGUCCAUUUCAAUGCUUAACAGUAAAUAACUUCAGAUGACACUACUCAUUUGCCUGUGUAUGAAGUUGGAACAGGAGAAAUAAUGGGAUUUGUGGCCAACUUGAUAGCAUUACACAUCCAGUUUACAGCAAUAAACACACGGUUUACAGCAGUAGACACCCAGUUUACAGCAAUACACACCCAGUUUACAGCAGUACACACCCAGUUUACAGCAGUACACACAGUUUACAGCAGUAGACACCCAGUUUACAGCAAUACACAACCAGUGUACAGCAGUAUUCAGUUUACAGAAGUAAGACCCAGUCUACAGCAGUGCACACCCAGUUUACAGCAAUACACACCCAGUUUACAGCAGUAGACACCCAGUUUACAGCAAUACACACCCAGUUUACAGCAGUACACACCCAGUUUACAGCAAUACACACCCAGUUUACAGCAGUAUACACACAGUUUACAGCAGUAUUCAGUUUACAGCAGUACACACCCAGUCUACAGCAGUGCACACCCAGUUUACAGCAAUACACACCCAGUUUACAGCAGUAUACACACAGUUUACAGCAGUACACACCCAGUUUACAGCAGUAGACACCCAGUUAACAGCAAUACACAACCAGUUUUCAGCAGUAUACACACAGUUUACAGCAAUACACACCCAGUUUACAGCAGUACACACCCCGUUUACAGUAGUAGACACCCAGUUAACAGCAAUACACAACCAGUUUACAGCAGUAUACACACAGUUUACAGCAAUACACACCCAGUUAACAGCAGUACACACCCAGUUUACAGCAGUAUACACACAGUUUACAGCAGUAGACACCCAGUUAACAGCAAUACACAACCAGUUUACAGCAGUAUACACACAGUUUACAGCAGUAGACACCCAGUUUACAGCAAUACACACCCAGUUUACAGCAGUACACACCCAGUUUACAGCAGUAGACACCCAGUUAACAGCAAUACACAACCAGUUUACAGCAGUAUACACACAGUUUACAGCAAUACACACCCAGUUAACAGCAGUAUACACACAGUUUACAGCAAUACACACCCAGUUAACAGCAGUACACACCCAGUUUACAGCAGUAUACACCCAGUUUACAGCAGUAUACACACAGUUUACAGCAGUAGACACCCAGUUUACAGCAAUACACACCCAGUUUACAGCAGUACACACAGUUUACAGCAGUAUACACACCCAGUUUACAGCAGUACACACCCCGUUUACAGCAAUACACACCCAGUUUACAGCAGUAUACACACAGUUUACAGCAGUAUACACACAGUUUACAGCAGUAUACACACAGUUUACAGCAGUAUUCAGUUUACAGCAGUACACACCCAGUUAACAGCAGUAGACACCCAGUUUACAGCAAUACACACCCAGUUUACAGCAGUACACACACAGUUUACAGCAGUAAGCACCCAGUUUACAGCAGCACGCACACAGUUAACAGCAGUACGCACCCAGUUUACAGCAGUACACACCCAGUUUACAGCAAUAUACACACAGUUUACAGCAAUACACAUAGAUCUCGAAUACAUCAGAUCCUCCCAUCUUCAGGUACUUGUAUUACCGGACUAAAUUAGAUCCUACCAUCUUCAGGUACUUCUAUUACCAGACUUAAUUCAUGAAACCUAGAACUAAGAUUGAUCUAUAUGUCACAGAAUUGGAUUGUGAAAUGCCUGCUAUAAUAUGGAAUAUUCUUCAUUAGAAAAUUAAGGAAUUGCCAUCUCAAUGGUUUGGCAACAUUUGGCUUAACUAAUGAGCUGUCAGUAUACAAGUCAUUUUAUAAAUCCAGACAGGACUGUUACAAAAGUAUGAAAACAAUGUGCAGUUAUAAUAGAACAAAAAAUAUUUCUUGAAUGUUCAUCAGCUUACUGAAAACAUUUGCUUUUGUAAUGUGAACAUGUGGACAUUCUGCAAGAAAUGCUACCAGAUCUUAAGAAUUCAUUUCAACUGGUAUUGUUGUGAGGACUUAUGAUUAAGUUGUGAGAUAUUGCAAUUAAGUUGUUUUAAUACAGAAUAUUAUAGGUUUUAUAUACAUGGAUGAAAUCAAUAUUAUUAUUUGAUAGAUAUUUAUUUUAAUAUAUACAUAACUUUUAUCUGAAAGAAAAUCCAUGAGGCCAACUAAAGAUCUCUUUCUUAAUGUGAUGUGACGGAAGAUAGUGGAAAAGAAUUCCUGCAAUAUGCGUUGUUGUAAACCUGCAAAAGCUUAUUACAAGACCAAAUGGUAAUUUGCUUUACAGUACUGCUGAUUAUGUCAAAGCUUAUGUAAAGUUUGUACAGCGUAAAAAUGAUUGAAUAGAAUCCAGCAUAAAUUGAUUUGAAAUGUGACCAACAUUAUUACAGUCUGUGUUGUCCAGUAUUCUGUUGCUAUGCUCUUGCCCGUGAUAUUCAUUAGCAAGUAUAUCUCAGCCAAAUAUUAAAAUAUUGAAGAUCAA